AGCCGCCCCCAACCCCACCCCCACCGCCACCGUCGACGACCCUCACCAUAGACAAGGUCGAGGCUGACCCAAGAUUGAGCCCAUGCCCAGAUUCACGAGUGGAGCCCCGCGAAGCUGCCCGCAAACUGCUCCUCUUCCCCACCCCCAAUUCCUUUACAAUCUCCGCCGCCGCCGCCGAUCCCCACCCCCACCGGCGACCUCGUCUCCCCGUCUCCGGCCCCAUCCCCACCUCCGGCCGACCUCCCUCCUCAUCUCGUCCAUCCACCCAUGGAAACCCCCUUUUCCACGGAUCCACCCACCCACCCACGCCCACCCAUGGAUGGAUAGAUGGGGCGCACUAGUUCCGGCGACGGCGGCGCCGGAUCCACACCCACCUGCGUGAUGGAGGCCGGCCGCAUCGGGAUCCACCGCCUGCUCUCGGUCUGGUGCGGCACACCGGACCACACCGGAGAUUGCUACUGCGGUGGUCGUCGACGACGGCGCAUCUCCGGCGGGACCUAGAUGCCCAAGGUAUGUACGCCGUCCUUGCCAAGUCUUCCAUCUCCUCUCAUGUACGGCGGGACCUAUACUGAUUACAUUCAUCUUGGGCAUGCAUACGUGGUUGGUGACCUCGCGUGCCGCCAUUGCCGGAGGCUGGCUGGCUGGAUGGACGGGCGUCCGCGGUGCCGGUGUUUUGCAGCCUUACAUCUCAGGGAAGACGCUUGCUAAAAUGUGUGCAUGCCAAGAUUCCUGCGGUUCCAGACUGAUUGCUGGUGCGGAUGGGAGGUGGAUGCCCGCACGGAUCCGGCGUCUCCAACCUCGGCAUCCACAAGGAGGAGCGGCGACAAUUACAUACCCAACCAUGGGGCAGCAGCAAUUCAUGAUGUUUUGCAUCAGCCUGUCAUUGCUAAGGAAGAAGCAGUACUUGAAGAAGCAGACUACAUGUUUUCUUGUUGUGAAGCACUAGAUAGUUCUAUUUAUUCUUUUCCUGUUCUAGAGUAUUUCAGCAGCUGAAUGCUUGAAUACGUAAUGUUGUAGGUUGCUUGGAUCUAUAUAAAGUACGGAUGUGAUGGAAAUUUGUAGAAUGUGAGUUUUGAGAUAUUUCUGUAAUAUUCAGCUAAUUGGUGGUGAUUCA